GCGAUCUCUCGCGUGUGUACUUUUGUUCUCUCCUCUGAUGCGUGUAUGGUUUUUCUCUGCCUCGGUGUGUCUGUCUCGCUCGCUCCGCAGGCCGAGCGCAGCGACAUCUAUCGGGGGGAGAUUGGCUGCUUUCGCGACUUUUUGGCGAAAGCGAGAUGACUGUCUUUUGUUUUUUUCCUUUUUUUUUAGAGAUGAUGAGUAUGUGUGAGCAAAGACUUUCUUCUCUCUGACGCAUCGGGAAAAUCAGCGAAAAAAAGAAUGUCACCCCUCACGCAUCUCCGAGCACUCAUCAUCUGCUCCAGUCUGUCGCUACCCUUCCUUCAGUCGUCAGUCGUCGCCUCCUCGCGAAGAUCCCGCUCAAGCUCGAGCCACCAUCGCAAAUCAAGGGGAUGCGAAAAGCUGAAUAGGUUCUUGCAGGACGUGUUGAAAGUGCAGAAUGACCUGAGCUGGAUAGACCAAAUGGCCGACAUACUCCGAUCGAAAAACAUGUUCUCUGCCAGCCCAGUAUUACAGGAAAAAAUCAACGCCAUGUUCUUCACCGCCAAAAACCAGAACAAGAUGAACCAACGGCGCAAGAGACACUCGAACCAUCGAUCAAAAUUAAGACUCGAAACCGAGUCCCACAAUAGCCAGCUUAAAUCUUCAAUUCAAGGAUAUGAAAACGCGUCGUCGCAGAAUUUCAAUCCCGCGACUAGCGAAAUAUCGACAACGACGACGACAGAGCCACUCGAGAAAGUCCUUCAAUCGAUAAAUGUUUUCCCCGUGGAUUCGACGGAUCCCAUCGCGCUGAAAUCCGGCGAUGACUCGGCGGAAAGUGAUGAUGACUUUUUCGAGGGGAUUAGGCUGGGAAGAGCUUUGAAAUCUAUUUCCAAGGGUGGCGACUCGAGAGUUAACAACUUUACAAAGUUACUUCUGAUGGAGAAUGAAGGUGACAAGUCUCAGAUGAAUCGGGCUUUGCAUGGGGAUUUGGCUAAGGAAAUUGUAAAUGCGAUUUUCGAUCAGAUGAAAAAUAGAGAAGCUUUUCACAAGAUGACGAACUUUGGAUACGAGUACGAUGUAAAUCCUCAAGAUUCGGUUGUAAUCGAUAACAUGUAUCGACGGGAACGAGAUUUUGAGACGGACGACGCAACCGCUUCGAUCACAAAAAAAUUGAUGACGGUGGUUCAACAACUUAUUUCAGAAGAGAUAGAGAAAAAAUCAUGCCCAGCUCUACCACCAGAUCUGCAAGACUUUUUACAAUGGCUAGUACAGGUCGAAGCUAUCGAUCGCAAGGAUAGUGAAACACUGAAUGUGAAACAAGAACAAUCGAUUACAAACAACAAUCCAGGCGAUGGCUCUUUCUCCAUCGUAGACUUGAAUGAAUGGUACACAAAGGCCGAAACUUUAAAAAGUCUCUUGAACGAGUACGAGGGUCUUUCUAAGCGGGAGAAGAAUAAAGUUCGAGCUAUUCAUGAAUACUUGGUAACCAGACUCGAGUUCGUCAAAGCCUAUCUUGAGGCUUUCAAAUCUCAUCCCCUGCACGGGAUAAAUUCAUAAACGUCCCAGUGGCUAAUUGAUUGGAAGCCUGGUGUACUUCAUCUUCGGAAAAGAAGAGAAAAAAAAUAAACAA